UUCAAAACCCUCGCUGCUUCGUCUUCUCCACCAUCUCCCCCUCUUCUCUCAGCCGUUUUUCGCGGUUUAUUUUGCCGACGGAUGUGAUUCCGGAAACCUCUUUCCUUCACUUCAUCGUUGGUUUCAUAUAAAAAAACCUCUUUCCGGAUUUUUUUUUUUAGGGUUCAGUUUUUAGUGAUUGAUUGAUUGAUUGAAGAAAAAGCCAUGGUGGUUUCUGGUAGCUCAAGAUUGGAAGAAGGCGGUGAAACAACAUCAACAGCAGGAACUCCAAUGUUAUCGGAAGAAGGCUCAACUAUACAGAAAACUAUAGAAUCAAUUAAAGAAAUAGUUGGGAAUCAUUCUGAUGCUGAUAUCUAUUCUAUGCUUAAAGAAACUAACAUGGAUCCUAAUGAAACUGCACAGAAAUUGCUAUAUCAAGAUCCAUUUCAUGUAGUUACGAGGAGAAGAGACAAGAAGAAAGAGAAUACAGGUUUCAGGCGUCCUGCAGAGAAUACAGGCUUCAGGCGUCCUGCAGAGAAUACAGGCUUCAGGCGUCCUGCAGAGAAUACAGGCUUCAGGCGUCCUGCAGAUAAUACAGGUUUCAGGCGUCCUGCAGAGCCAAGAAAAGAGCCUGAGCAUAAAGUGGUAGUGACAAGAUCUCAACCACCUACAAAUCGCAAUUCUCGAAGAGGGGGAUACAAUCAUAAUAUUCAAUCUGAUGCAGGAACUAGCCGAGAGUUUCGUAUUGUCAGAGAUAACAGAGUUAAUCAAAACUCACCUACAGAGACAAAGCCGGGAUCAGGUCAGUGUUCGACUUCGUCAAACACACAGGUGGCACCUAAUGCUUCUGAGAAGAGUAUCGGGGUUCGAGUUGAUCAUAGGGAUGCAGCAGGUACUAGAAAUAAGGAAGGCUCAAAGCCAACUGCAGCUCAUAAUGGACCCUCUGGCUCUGGCAGACAUGCUCAAGAUGCAUUUUCAAAUGGGACGCAGGGGAAAGAGGUGUUCGCUCAGAUUAGAACCCGCAGCCCGGGUUCUCGGGUGCAGAAUUCAAAGCCUUACGAUUCUCGACCUCGUUCUUCAGCAUCAACAACUACAAAUUCUGUAGUUGGAGUGUAUUCAUCAUCCUCGGAUCCUGUUCAUGUGCCUUCUCCUGAUUCCCGAUCUUCUGGCGCCGUUGGGGCUAUCAAACGUGAAGUUGGAGUUGUUGGUGUACGCAAACAGCCUUCUGCAAAUAUGCCUAAAAAUCCACCAAUUACACCUUCAAAUUCAUCUCUGGGAAAAGAUGUUACCAUGUCAGCUGGCUCAAUUGAAACCUCUACUGCACUAAACAAAACUGACCAAGUUAGUCAGCCAACUGUUUCUAGUGGUACCGUUAACAGCAGAUCGUUCUCCAGUAGUGGUAAAGCACAUCAGCCAGUUGCUGGCCAUCAAAAAGCUUCCCAGGCCAAUAAGGCAUGGAAACGAAAAACAAGUCAAAAGUCUAGCGCUGCCAAUCCUGGAGUCAUUGGGAAAACAAGCACCUCUGUUGCACGUUCCCCCAAGAAUUCAGCAGGCUUGACAAAGGAGGCAGUUGAUUUGCAGGAGAAGCUCCCAGAAGUGAAUAUAUUUGAGAAUCAGCAUGUGAUCAUUCCUGAGCACCUCCGAGUUCCUGAGGCAGAUCGAUCUCUCCUUACCUUUGGGACCUUCGACUCCAGCAAUAGUUUUGUUGCAUCUGGGUUUCAGUCAUUUGUAGGUGCAGAACAACCAAAUGCCGAACCAUCUGAAGGUGCUUCUGCUCCUCCGGCUUCAACUGAAGAUGUGAACCAGAUUGAUAUAUUAGAUGCUCCAUCAAGGAAUUCCGAAUCUGAUUCUCCAGCAUCGGCUCACGAGUCUGCUGAGCGUCCUUUGGCUGAAAAUAACAUGUCUACAAGUCCAAGGAAUUUAGAAAGCUAUGUCGACAUUGGAUUGGUUCGAAAUAGUAGCACGUCAUAUACACCAGCUGAGCCGCAAGAACAUCAUGGCCCCUCUGAAGUGUCAAGUUUCCCAGUGUACGACCCGCAAGCUGCUUAUGAUAUGCGAUUCUACAGAUCAGCAAUGGAUGAAUCUGCACAAGACCAAGGAUUGCCACAACAAGAGGCCCUGACUUCGCAUGUAGCGAAUAGCAUCCCUGCUUCUACUGUGGCAAUGAUGCAACAACAACCUGUCCAACAAAUGUAUCCACAAGUUCAUGUUUCCCAUUACCCAAAUUUCAUGCCGUACCGCCAGUUUAUCUCUCCCAUGUAUGUACCUCCUAUGGUGCCCAGUUAUUCCAGUAACCCUACCUAUCCCCAUCCUCCAAAUGGCAGCAGCUACUUGCUGAUGCCAGGAACCAGCUCACACAUGGCUGCCACUGGUCUCAAAUACGGAACCCAACAAUUUAAGCCCAUUCCCGCCGGUAAUCAUCCUUCAGGGUUUGGAAAUUUUGCAAAUCCAGGCGGAUAUGCUAUUAAUGCCCAGGGCCCAAUUGGGGUUGGUAGUGGACUUGAGGAUUCAGCCAGGCACAAGUACAAAGAUGGAAGCCUUGGAAACAUUUAUAUUCCAAAUCCCCAGGCGGAGACAUCUGAAAUUUGGAUUCAGACCCCAAGGGAGAUUCCAGGAAUGCAGUCAAAUCCCUAUUUCAACAUGCAAGGGCAAGCACCACAUGGGCCAUACAUGCAGACACACACAGGUCAUGCUUCUUACAACGGCGCUACACCACAAGCUGCACAUGUGCAAUUUCCUGGAUUGUAUCAUCCGGCAGCACAACCUGCCCAGAUAGGAAACCCCCAUCACAUGGUUUCAGGAAUGGGGGGUAAUGUUGGAGUGCCUGGGGCAGCUCCUGGAGGUCAAGUUGGUCCAUACCAACAAUCUCAAAUGAGCCAUCUCAAUUGGGCAGGUAACUUCUAGGGUGAACAAAAAAUGGCAACCUGAUCCUCCCCUCCCCCUCCGCGUUAGUAAAGGGAAAAAAAAGUUGGCAUAUAAAAAAGAUAUAGCUAUGGGUUUUUAUUAGUUCUUUGUGAAAUGAAAAACAACUCCGGUAAUGUUUUUUCUUUUUAUUCAAAGCAGCAAUGAAAAAAUCUGUUACUAACCCA